CCGGCCCGCUCGUUGUACGCAUGCGCGUUGUCCGCCAUCUUACGGUUGCUAUGGUGACGUGAAUUUAAUCAAAUAAACAUCUAAUAAAAAGGAAAUUGAAUAUACACUACGUUACAUGAGUGUUCUAUGAAGUGCUAUAUCUGUUUGUUUGGAUGUUUAAAAUUAUGACGUGAGCCGCUGCGCGCGUGACCUCUCCAGGAGUACCAGGUGUCCAGGAGAUUUGAGGAAGUUCCAGUGACGUCAUGAUGGGAGGUCGCGAAGUGUUACUUAUAGCCCUUUUGGGUCUAGUUGUUGUACAGGGCCAGGAAAAACGGAAACAACCACAAUACUUAAAGAUAGGACGAACGAGCAACAACUGCCAGGUGGAUAUGGAUUGUCCCGACAACGCUUUCUGCCGAGUGAGCACCUACUGCGUCUGCAAGGAAGGUUACGUCUAUACAGCCGUGAACAGCACUCAUAAAUCGUGUUUAAAAGAGGCUAACUUCGGCGAGGAGUGUACCCACAAUAUCCAGUGCCAAGCGAUUUUAGGCACACAGUCGGAGUGUAAGCAUGGCGUCUGCCGCUGUGUUCCCACGGCCCAUUGGGAUGUUCGCUGUUUCGAAACCGCACUGGUGGGUGAGAGAUGCACGGUGGAUCAAAACUGUUACCUUGGCGAAACUGGACCGGAACAAGUGGCUUAUUGCGUGCGAGGAUACUGCACUUGUCCAUUGCAAUCAAGCCCGAGAGACAAUGGCACUAGAUGCGUCCGAGAUUCUGGACUUGGCGGGCCCUGUGAAGACCAGCUGCAGUGCGCCGGGGCAGGUCUAGAGUGCCAAGGAACAUGCCAAUGCCGCAAAAACUGGGUUGCCCACAACGACAGCAAGAUUUGCGUUGAAGCUGUGCAUCAUCUGGGAGAGGCAUGCGAAUACGAUGUCCAGUGCGAUGCGUUAUCGGGAAAACCGGAGGCAAGAUCUCCUGGCGCUGCUUUAUGCUUAGGUGGUGUUUGUCAAUGCGCCUACAGUGCACGCGCAACUGGUACGCCUGAGCGAUGUUGGCAGAGGAAGAGGCCUGGUCAGGACUGUGUAGUGGAUGAGGAGUGUGUCUCAGAAGAAGACGAACCUGGCUACUGUUUAAACGGUAUCUGCACUUGUAAAAACUGUUCCCCGGACGCAAAAGACUUUUUUGGAGGCGCUAGCACCAUCUCCCGUCCGCCUGUAUACAUCGCCGCCAUUAUUGCAACAGUCGCCAUUUUAAGACACUAGCCGCCAUUUUAAUGUACACCAUCUUGUUUGGCAUAAUGCGUCAUUAUUCUGAUAUUCCGUUUUAAGACAUAUCCCAUCAUUUUUUAACCUUUUCCUCUCACGGAUCGUCUCUUUUAUCUCCGGUCUUUUCUUCCUUUAAUUUCCGAGGUUUUUUCUAGCCAACUCAUUACCACGAGAUAAGUUGGCUUAUAAACCUAUAACAUAAAGCGGCUGUGGUGUUACGCCUAUAUUUCCAACACGUUUUGUUGUACGAAGAAUUUUUGUGAAGCCAGUUCAGACCAGGUGAUCCUAAAACCAAUAAUAUACGAGUAGUUAAUAACUUUUUCUCAAAUAUAUAAACGUGAUAACAUAAUCAUUAUAAUGAUAAUCAAAAUACAGGCCGAAUCGGCAAAUUUAGUGGUCGAAUGGCAUAAUUCAAAAAUACGUUCGAAAUAUUUAAUCGUAAAAAAAAUGUAGUUGUUUCUUCGUAUUAUAAUAAUAUAGUGAGUACCUAGUCCCAUGGUACAAGUCAGUGUCAAAUGUUAUUCAAUUCCACGAUAAAUGAUGUAGAAUUACAUAUCUUGCACAAGCUAGUUAUAGGUCGUUGUUAUGUUGUAGAUUAUUUCAAAUUUUAUUUUAAGUUGUAAAUAAUUUAAAAUUGUUAUUUGUUGUUGUUAAUUUAAUUUAAUCUUAACUUAAAUAAUUUCCAUUUUUAUCUUACAUUCUUUGAACA